AUGGUUAGCCUUUGGCCAUAUGUUUCCACACUUGGAGCUCUCCAAGCUCAUUGCUCAAAAGGGUCACAAAGUCUCUUUCAUCUCCACUCCUCGCAACAUCGACCGCCUCCUCCCACGUCUGCCGGAGAAUCUCUCCUCCGCCUCAACUUCGUCAGAAUCCCACUUCUUCCCAACGACAAACUCCCGGAGGACUGCGAAGCCACCACCGACGUUCCUCUCCAUCUCGUACCUUAUCUGAAAAUCGCCAUGGACGGAAUGCGAGUCCCGGUGACGGAGUUUCUCGAGUCUUCCAAACCCGAUUGGAUUCUCCAGGAUUUCGCGCCUUACUGGCUUCCCCCAAUAUCUCGCCGCCUGAAAUGUAAAACCAGAUUCUUCGGUGUCAUAACCGCCGCGACUUUAGGGACUCUGAAACCGCCGGGAUUCGACGACUACCGUACGUCGCCGGAAGAUUUUCUGACGACACCUAAGUGGGUCCCAUUCAAAACCCCGAUAGCUUUCAAGCUUUACAAGUGUCGGGACCUAUUCAAAGGUAUCAUGGCGGAGACAACCGAAGGGAAUAUUCCCGACGUCGACCGUUUCGCCGGCGUAAUGGACGGUUGUGAUGUUAUCGUCGUACGGAGCUCCUACGAGUACGAAGCAGAAUGGUUGGAACUUCUACAAGAUCUUCACGGGAAACCGGUUAUACCGGUGGGAGUCUUACCUCCGAAAUUGGAAGAAGAGUACGAGGAUACCGACACGUGGCUGGCUAUCAAGACGUGGUUGGACUCACGGAAAACCAAAUCCGUUGUCCACGUAGCUUUUGGUUCCGAAGUUAAACUGAGUCAGACGGAGCUAAACGAGAUCGCUCUCUGUUUAGAGCUUUCCGGUUUACCUUUCUUCUGGGUUUUAAAGACUCGACGCGGUCCGUGGGAUACCGAACCGGUCGAGAAUAAUCGAGGAGAAGAAGAUUGGGUACAUGAUCCCUCGGGACGAGACAGAAGUCCACGGGUUGCUGUGCUUAAGUGCGUCCGAACGUUGGGCCAGAACGUCGGAGGAGUUGCGUUUUUUCGGAAUUUUUGCUUUGCAUGCUGUGCUUGCGUUGCUAACGUCGUCGGUGAGAGUUUCAGUUACCAGCUGAAAGUGAAGUUGUCACUUCGGGGUCUUUGCCGAGACGGGAACCCUUCCGAAAAGGUUCUGUAA